UGUGUUUCGUAAAUUUCAUGCGUCUUACACGGAAGCCCGUUUCCGCCACUAAAACUUUUUUCCAAAUGGUGAAUUAUAAUAAGAUAAAAAGUCAUUAUUAUGAUUUAAAGAGUCAAAAUUAUGAGCUAAAAAGUCAAAAUCAUGGGAAAAAAAGUCGAAAUUAUUGGAAAAUGUGGAAAUGGUGGUAGUUUGAAAAAUGGAAUUCUAUGAAAUUUUGGGAAUUUGUCAAGGGAAAGCCCGCGAUUCCCGAAUAUGCUGAACAGUUUGAAGUUGGAACGGUUUGAAUGGGAAGAAAAAUGUGGAAGGUAGAGCGCGCCAAAAUCUGGAGAAGAAGAAGAACUAGAAGAAGCAAUUCCUGAAGGGAUUGCGUGUGAAUGCUCCAAUGCUGAAGUUGAAGUGAAAUGCUGACAGAAUGUAGUGAUUGUGGAAGUUUGAAAAAUGGCCAAUUCAUUAUGAAUAGGGAAAAUGCAAAAAAAAAAAAAAAAAAAGGAAUUAUGUCACAUUGAUUUCAAUGGGAAUUUCAGAAAGAAUUGGGAAUUUCGGGAAAAGUUGGAAUUUUUCCUGUUCAAAAAACUACUGAAGUGGAUUGAAAAAUGUGGAAGGAGUAAUCGCCAGAAAAAAGGGUGGAAAUAGGGCUUUGGAAAAGCAGGAAUUCUGGAAAAUCCUUGAUUUCAUUUGAACUUGGAAAAAUUUUAGUUUGAAUGUCCAGGAUGGUGGAAUGGUUUGAAUAGGUUGAAAAAUGUGGAAAUGGUGGUAGAUAGAAAAAUGGCCAAUUCAUUUUGAAUGGGAAAAAUGUCCCGGAAAACCUGGAAUUCUGGGAAUUCUGGGAAUUUGUCAAGGGAAAGCCCGCGAUUCCCCAAUAGGCUUAACAGUUUGAAGUUGGAACGGUUUGAAUGGAAAGAAAAAUGUGGAAAGUAGAGCGCGCCAAAAUCUGGAGAAGAAGAAGAACUAGAAGAAGCAAUUCCUGAAGGGAUUGCAUGUGAAUGCUCCAAUGCUGAAGUUGAACUGAAAUGCUGACAGAAUGUAGUAUGAAUGUAAGAAUAGUUUGAAUGUUGGAAUGGUUUGAAUGUUGAAAAGCUGACUCUGAAUUGAAAUGCUAAUGGAACGCAGGAUGAAUGUAGAAAUUGUUUAAAUGUUAAAAUCGUUUAAACGCUGAAAUAGUUUGAAUGUUGGAAUGGUUUGAAUGUUGAAGAGUUUGAAUUUCCAGGAAAACCGGAAUAUGGUUUGAAACUUGGGAAAGUGUUAGUUUGAAUGUCAAGGAUGAAUUGAAUGUGUUGAUGUUGGAAUGGUUUGAAUACCGGUAGGUUGAAAAAUGUGGGAAUUGUGCAACUUGGAAAAAUGUCCCAUUCAUUUUAAUAGGAACUUUCUGGAAAUUUGGAAAUAGCGAGAUUUUUUUUUUAAAUGAUUAGGAGCAUGAAUGUCCUGAAUAAGCUGAAUUGGUUGGUGUUGGAAUUGUUUAAAUCGGUCAAGAAAUGUUGAAGUAUUAAACGUUUUUUAAUUGAAAAAUGGUAUUAUGGAAUUCCUGGAAUUUCGGGAAAACCGGGAAUGUUUCUAGUUCCUAAUCUAACUUGUUUUUUUGUCCUGACUAAGAAAAAUGUUUUGACAGUGGAACAGUUGAAAUGGGAUGAAAAAAUAAAGAUUAGUAGUCAAACAAAAAAGGUUGGAAAUAGGGUUAGAAAAAAAACCCAGGAAUUCCUGGAAAUUUGUUGAAUGUGGAAAAAUGGUAGUUUGAAUGUCCAGGAUGAGUUGGAUGUGUUGAAGGUGGAAUGGUUUGAAUCGGUUGAAAAAUGUGGGAAUUGUGGAAGUUUGAAAAAUGGCCAAUUCAUUAUAGGGAAAAUGCAAAAAAAAAAGAAAUGGUAAAAAAAACAAAAAAACUUGAAUGGUCUAAAUGAGUUGAAAUGGUUGGUGUCAACAUUUUUCAAAUCGGACGAGAAAUGUUGUAGUAGUAACAUUUUUAAUUGAGAAAUGGUACUACGGCAUUCCUGGAAUUUCGGGACAACCGGGAAUUUUUGCAGUUCAAAAAACAACUUCGUUUUAUGUCCUGAAUAAGAAGAAUGUUUUUACGGUAGAAUGGUUGAAAUGUGUUGAAAAAUGUGGAAGGAGUAGUCCCCAGAAAAAAGGGUGGAAAUGGGGCUUUGGAAAAGAAGGAAUUCUGGAAACUCCUGGAAUUUUUUUGAACUUGGUAAAAUAAUAGUUUGAAUGUCCAGGAUGAGUGGAAUAUGUUGAAGGUGGAAUGGUUUGAAUCAGAUGAAAAAUGUGGGAAUUGUGGAAGUUUGAAAAAUGGCCAAUUCAUUUUGAAUGGGGAAAAUGUCACUAAAAACUGGGAUUUCUAGGAAAUCCGUGAAUUUCUUUUAUAGAUGUUGAAAGGGAGCACACAUUUCCUGAACAGGCUGAAUAUUUUGAAGUUGAAACAGUUUGAUUCUGAUAAAAAAAAAAAAAGUGGAAGGUUGUGGAACUUUGAAAAAUGUCCCAUUCAUUUCAAAGAGAAUUUCAUGGAAAUUUGGUAAUUUCUGGAAAAGUGGUAAUUUUUUGGAAAAUGUUAAAAGACCCGAAUGUUGAAAUGGUUGGUGUGAAAAUUUUUCAAAUCGGAUGAGAAAUGUUGAAGUAGUAACAUUUUUAAUUGAGAAAUGGUAUUACGGCAUUCCUGGAAUUCCGGGGAAACCGGGAAUUUUUGCAGUUCAAAAAAUAAGUUUGUUUUUUGUCCUAAUUAAGAAGAAUGAUUUGGCGGUAGAAUGGUUGAAGUGGGUUGAAAAAUGUGGAAAGAGUAGUCGGCAGAAAAAAGGGUGGAAAUGGGGCUUUGGAAAAGCAGGAAUUCUGGAAAAUCCUGGAAUUUUUUGGAACUUGGAAAAUGAUAGUUUGAAUGUCCAGGAUUAGGGGAAUUUGUUUAAGGUGAAAUGGUUUGAAUCAGAUGAAAAAUGUGGGAAUUGUGGAACUUUGAAGAAUGUCACAUUGAUUUCAAUGGGAAUUUCAGAAAAAAUUGGGAAUUUCAGGAAAAGCGGUAAUGGUAGAAAUGGUAGAAAAAGAAAAAAGAAAAACUUGAAUGGUCUAAAUGAGUUGAAAUAGUUGGUGUGAAAAUUUUUCAAAUUGGACGAGAAAUGUAGUAGUAACAUUCUUAAUUGAGAAAUGGUAUUACAGCAUUCCUGGAAUUUCGGGAAAACCGGGAAUUUUUUCCAAUUCAAAAAGCAACUUUGUUUUUUGUCCUGAUUAAGAGGAAUGAUUUGACGGUGGAACGGUUGAAGUGGGUUGAAAAAUGUGGAAGGAGUAAUCGCCAGAAAAAAGGGUGGAAAUAGGGCUUUGGAAAAGCAGGAAUUCUGGAAACUCCUGGAAUUUGUUUGAACUUGGAAAAAUGAUUGUUUGAAUGUCCAGGAUGAAGGGAAUAUGUUGAUGGUGGAAUGGUUUGAAUAGGUUGAAAAAUGUGGAAAUGGUGUAAGUUUGAAAAAUGGCCAAUUCAUUUAGAAUUGGAAAAAUGUCCAAGAAAACCAGGAAUUCUGGGAAAUCUGGGAAUUUUUUAAAUUUGGCUGAACAGUUUGAAGUUGGAACGGUUUGAAGCGGGGGGGAAAUGUGGAAGGCAGAGCGCGCCAAAAUCUAGAGAAGAAGAAGAAAAAGUUGAAAAAGCGUAUGUGUAAAUGCUUUGGAGCGUUAACACAAUGAUACUAACAUGCAUGUUGUCCUUGAAGGACUUCAAUGCCUCUUGGACAGGAAGUCAGCAUUUCACUUGGGUCAAAGAUUGUGCAAAUGUACCUAAUAUUGUGUCCCGACUCCCCACCUCUCAGGAAGACCAAAAAUAGUCCAGUUUCCCAAUAAGAAAGGAGUUAUAACUCCAAUCAUUACACAGAGAAAGAACAUUGAAAGAUCCAAAUCUCCUUACCAAAAUAAAGCUCCCAUCAACUUGUUUGUGACGGCGGUGCAAAUAAAAGCUUUUAAAAGUCUUUCUGUGGCGGUGACCUCAGCAGCCAGUGAUGCAUAUUGGAAGUCAUGGAGGUCUCGUUAGCGCCCCUUCCUCCAACCACCAGAGUCUCUCUGCUCCAGCCUGAGAGCACCGGCGUCCAUUACGUGCCUGAGUAGCCUUGUCGGGACGAUCGAUCAAUACCGUUUAGUGUCCACAGUGAGCUGCUGGGCGAGGCCGUCCACACACUCCACUUGUGCUUCGGACCCUCCAGACGUGACAUUUUCUUCUCAUGGAGGCUUCAAAGGAGCGCUUGGCCAACCUGGAGAACGCCAUGGUGACCACCAUCAGAGAGUUCCACAAAUACUCCGGGGACAAGUGCAAGUUGAAGAAGGCAGAUCUCAGAGCGCUGGUCAAUAACGAGAUGAGACAUUUCAUCAAGAGGAUCCAGAAGCGUGAGAUGGAUGAGCUGUUUGCUGACAUUGACCAAAAUGGCGACAUGGAGAUCGACUUCAAGGAGUUCAUCGCCUUCAUCGCCAUGGUUACUUCAGCAUGUCAUGAACUCUUCCUGCCAGCUCAUGGUGCCGGGUGCAGGCUCCAGAAGAGACCCAUUGGCUCACAACCCAAAUACGAACCUCCCACUGAAUGAUCCCUGGCCACUGUGGGAGGCACAGAGAGGAGAGGAUCAGAAGAAACACAUUCUAAGUUUGACAC